GAAAAAACAUGUUACUUCAGUGAAGUAACUUGACAACAACCAUAAUCGAUUGAUAAAUUUUGAUACUGUAAUGUUAUGAAACUGUUGGAAUCAACCGGGCUAAGAUGAAUCCCGGUGAAUUUUGGAGACAAUUAUGUAUUUUAAAAGCUGAAGCCCUUAGUAACAACUUAUCUACACCGACAACUCUAUCGACAACUGAUUUAUCGUCAUCGACAUCUAGUUCGCCUUCGCAUUCAUCAUCAACAUCGUCAACACUAACAAAAGAUCCGAUUUCUAAUCAUCAGACACAUGCUGCCAUAGCGAAUAAAUACGGCUCAAAAAUUUUAGCCGUCGCUGGUAAUCUCAAAUACGAAUCACUUAUUGCCGGUGUUACCGGUGGUGUAUUAUCAACGCUAGUCCUACAUCCUUUGGAUCUUCUUAAAAUAAGAUUUGCUGUCAAUGAUGGACGUUUAUCUAUCAGGCCACAUUAUCAAAACCUCCGUGAAGGAAUCAAAACAAUUUUCAAACAAGAAGGUAUCAGUGGUUUUUACCGAGGAACUGUUCCUAAUCUUAUGGGUGCUGGUGUGUCUUGGGGACUUUAUUUCCUUUUCUACAAUUGCAUUAAAGACUACUUGAUGAUAGAUAGAAAAGAAUUAACGCCAUGGUUACAUUUGCUGGCCGCUGGUGAAGCUGGUGUUCUUACUGUUACUUUAACAAAUCCCUUUUGGGUAGUUAAAACCCGCUUAUGCCUUCAGUACGGCAGUCAAAGUCAAUUAUUAAAUUCGUUACCUAACCAUAAAGUUUAUUCUGGUACCCGUGAUGCGUUCUAUAAAAUUUAUAAGCACGAAGGAAUCAGAGGAAUGUACAAAGGAGUAGUUCCUGGUUUAUUUGGUGUUACACAUGGUUCCUUGCAAUUCAUGGUUUAUGAAGAGCUCAAGAAAAAUAUCAAUAAACGACGCAGUGUUCCAGUCGAAACUAAAUUGGAUAAUCAUGAGUAUAUCAUAUGUGCAGCGAUAAGUAAAUUAAUUGCUGCAUCUAUAACGUUUCCUUAUCAAGUAGUAAGAGCUCGACUCCAAGAUCAACAUACUGAUUUCAAAGGAGUCCAGGAUGUGAUAGUCAGAACUUGGAGGUCAGGCUUCAGAGGAUUUUACAGAGGCUUCCCUGCCUACAUAAUUCACGUCACUCCAAAUAUAGUUAUCGUUUUCUGGUGCUAUGAAACCAUAACAAAUUUACUGAAAUCUGAUCAGUCGCUGUAAAAUAGUAUUUUCAGCUGAUCAGUCACUAGAAACACUAAAGACUGACAAUAGUUGCAAUCAUUUAAAAAAGUCACUUUUGGCUAAUUGUUAAAUUAAAUAAGUUAUCUCUUUAUAUUUCUAUCUUUAUCUUUGUAUCUAAUAGUGCUCUCUGCUUAUUCAAAUGUUUGAUAGUUGUUGAAAACACGCUCAAGGGCUGUUCUAAGAUUUCUUUGAAUAAAAUAUUUCACAUACAGUAA